AUGUCCGUGGCUCGCUUACUGAGCCUCAGCGGCCUCGCGCCUCCGCCACUCGGCGAUCUCGUCGCGUAUGUCUCGGUGGCACCGCAGCACAGCGUCCCUGUCGCCCUUGAUGUGCAGGGUUCGCCUGACCCGCACGAUGCUGACGCCGUGGCUCCGCCGCAGGUCCUCCAGCUGGCGGUCACCGGAGGCUUUCUCCUCUACUUCGGCACUGACAUCAGAGGCAUCUUCCUCCUCUGCGGCACCGACAUCAGAGGCUUCUUCAUCCUCUGCGGCAGGAACAUCAGAGGCUUCUUUCUCUUCUGCGUCACCAGCAUCAGAGGCUUCUUCUUCUUCCUCUUUCGCGGCAGAAACAUUUUAGGCUUCCUCCUCUUCUGUUGCAUCGACAUCAGAGGCUUCCACAGCCUCGUGCGCCGCCUCGCCAAAGUCUUUAUCUUUCACCGUAAGCACCCUUUCCGGGAGAUCCUUCCGUUCAUUGUAGGUGUCAUCGUCAUUGUAAGUGUCAUCGUCAUUGUAAGUGUCAUCGUCAUUGUAAGUGUCAUCGUCAUGAUCUUCCACCGCAAACACCUUUUCUAGGUAAACUUUCCAUUCGUUGUAGGUGUCUUCAUCAU